AUGACGAAAGCUCGAAUUGGUCUUAAAUUAAAGAGGAAACUUGGCUUGAGGGAAAAGAUUUCAUAUUUGAAUGUAAUCAUCGAAUUAAAUAUAAAAAUAAUGGAAUUUGAAGAAUUUGUUGAAUCAUUAGAAUCAUUACCCAUUGAUUUGAGUCGAAAUAUACGUUUAUUACGUCAAUUAGAUGAUAAAAAUUUACAAUUAAGACAAGAAUGUAUUCAUGUGAGUGAUAAAUUUAAACAAGAAAUAGAUAGCAUACAAAAACGUGAACAUAUUAAAAUAUUGAAUGAUAUACAAAUACGUCGGUUACAAUUAGCUGAUGAAAAAGUCGUUUUAGCAGAACAAGCAUCAGAAUUAUGCGAAAAACAUAUUUGA